GCAAAACGAAAUGAUAUACGUCGUGAUUCGAUUUAUUAAGUAAAAAAAUUAAUUAAAAGAAUAGCUAUUGUGAAAUUUCUAUAAAAAUUUUAAUUUUUGUAUUUUCUUCUUUGAUUUGGGGGAAAAAAGCACAAUUAUAUAAAAAGUGCAUUCAUUAAUUGAUAAAAAAUUAUUAAAAAAUAAAGAACCGAUCUUAAAAUUAUUAUUUUUUUAAAUAUUGAAUUAUUUAAAAAUUUUAAUUCAAUUUAUGCACUUCUGUUCUGAAUUGUAUUAAAAAUAAAGACUGUUGAUAAAAAUCAUACUGUGAAAUGCAUACAUUUAGUGAUACAGGGGCUGGAGUUCCAGCCUUUCUGGCAAAAUUAUGGCGUUUGGUUGAAGAUCCAGAGACAAAUAAUCUAAUAUAUUGGAGUAAGGAUGGAAGAAGUUUUAUCAUUCAGAACCAAGCGCAAUUCGCUAGGGAGCUUUUACCAUUAAAUUAUAAACACAAUAAUAUGGCAAGUUUCAUAAGACAACUGAAUAUGUAUGGAUUUCAUAAAAUUACUUCAAUUGAUAACGGAGGAUUAAAAUUUGACCGCGACGAAAUGGAAUUCACCCAUCCUUGCUUUAAACGUGGUUGUCCUUAUCUUCUUGAACAUAUAAAAAGGAAAAUUGCAAAUACUAAACAACAUCAACAACUAAUUGAUGAUAAAGCUGGAAUUAAAGUGGAAUCAGUUAGCAAAGUUUUGAAUGAAGUCAAAGCAAUGCGGGGAAGACAAGAUUCAUUAGAUUCGAGAUUUUCUGUAAUGAAACAAGAAAAUGAAGCGUUAUGGCGUGAAAUUGCUAAUUUACGUCAAAAACAUAUUAAGCAGCAACAAAUUGUUAAUAAGUUAAUACAAUUUUUGGUAACCAUCGUACAACCUUCGAGAAACAUGAGUGGUGUUAAACGGACUUUUCAACUAAUGAUAAAUGACGCUCCACAAUCUUCAACAAGUAGGAAACCUAGUGAAAGUGAAUCUGGUCCAGUAAUUCAUGAGUUGACUGAGGAAUUAUUAGAUGAAGUUGCUGAUGUUGAAGGAAACGACGAAGAUUUAAUGAGUGGUCCACCUAGUCCGCCUAUGACAACUGUAAGUGGAGAAACUGAACCAACACACAUAGAAUCCCUUUCACCGCGCUCAAAUAUAGAAAGACCGAACUCAAAUUUAAGUGUAUCAAGUCAAUUUUAUGAACAACAAUCUAAUCAAAGUAUUGAAGAUGCAAAACUGUUUACUUCAAACACUAAUAGUAAUGGCAGUAAUUCCGAAAAUCAAUGGGUUUACCAAAUAAGAGAAUUACCAGAAAGUAAUGAAGCUGACUCUGAACCACUGAAUUUUGUAGAUAUGGGAAUUUUACCAACACCGAUGGUCAAGGAGGAAAAAACUAAGCACGACAACUAUAUACCAGGAAAGCAAAUUGAAAAAAAUUCAAGAAAAAGAAAGCAUGUCAGAGAUUCGCCUCUUACAGUGGAAUAUGUAAAAACUCCCAGAAAUACUAAUGAACAACUCAAUAUUAAAGCUGAAAAAAAUGAACUGGACCCCCUAAUGUUUUUGAAAACUCCAUCUCCAACAAACUCUUGCAGUUUAUCACCAGCGAUUGAUUCGGCUUUAAUGUCAUCCAAUACAGAAACAACAACAAAUGUCGAGAAUAAUUCUACUGAGAACAAUGAUGCACAUAUUCAUUCAAACGAAUCUGACAAAAAUAAAACCACACAAUCAUUAUCGCAAGGCAAAUCUAUGUAUGAAGGAGAUUUUUUGAAUACUGACAUGCCAUCAGAUUUAUUUGAGGACUCUUCAAUGACUUGCGACAUAAAUUUAGGAUCAACUUCUCUUGAAACACAAACACCAGUCCCUUCUACAUCUAAAGAAAUACAAUCGAAAAUUGAUCAAAGCGGUGAAUCUAAUAAGAAAAACGAUAAUGAAAAGAACGAAAUGACGGUAGUUAAAUAUUCAACUCAGAAAUCUAGUGAAGAUAUAAUGAAAUUACAAUCACCCGAGGAUUUCCACAAUCAUUUGGAUAAUGUUCAAGAUGACCUAGAAAACUUAAAAGAUUUACUGAAAGGAGACUCGUAUUCAUUUGAUACGACAACUUUAUCGGGAAAUGGCAAUUCAACAAAUCGAAUUUAUCCAUCGCAAGCUGUGGAAACUGAUUUUUGGACAAAGCUCUUUAACGACUCUGAUAUUUUGGGCCCCUAUGGACUUUCAAUGGUCAAUGAUCUACCAGACAACAAUAAUGGAAAAACUGGCUCUGAAGUAGCAACUUAUCAAGCAUAUGGGGGAUUCGGAGAUUUAUCUGAUAUUCUUGAAAUAAACAAAGAUAAUAAUUCUGAACUUGAAGAAGCAAGUUCACCUAGAUCAAGAGACGGUACUAGUUCAGUAUUGAAUACACCUCGGCCUGAACCACGAAAAGCUCCAUUCUGAAAACAACGGUCAUAGACUCAGAGAAAAAAUUAGUUACUUGUUUUUGCAAAAAAAAAAAGGAAAA